UACACUUCUCGUCCUCUCAGGCCCAGCUGCUCUGCUCUCCCUCUUUAUGCUGUUUCCGUACCACUAAAGCAAGCAAGGCAUUCAGUAGCGAUCAAAAUUAUCAGCCAAUACUAUUUUCUCACCUUGUUAUUCGCAGUCUUAACCCAGACCUCCUCAGAUUCGCACAAUUUUCUCUCCACAACCAGAUCAGAUGAUCGCGUCUCCUAGAUGACCUUCCCUUCUCCUUCUCAUUCCGCCAAAUCCUCGAUUGCUUCUGGCACCGACAAACCCUCUGCUUCCCGACCUGUAAGGUCUCAGCAGUCACCUUGGGGUACUGCUGCGUCUCAAAACCCAAUCCGUCGUGGCCUCACGCCGCUUGCGACCAACAUCUCAUCUUCCACCAGCGGAUCUCCGUCCCGCCGUCCUCCCCAGUCACAUAGCCCUGCCCCAAGUGCCUCUGCCACAUCCCCGCUGACAUCCUCCUUCUCUGCUGUUCUCAGCUCCACGAGUCGCUUUGCCGUGGGCCGGAACAACCCGUCUCCCGCGUCCACUCCCGCGUCUUUCGCCGCGCUUCAAGCUGGCGCCCAGCAACAGCAUCAGCAACAAUCCGGUCAAUCACUCACAUCUCCAAAAUUUCGAGCUCUUACCCCUUCCUCUGCAUCGCAUCUGGCCACCUCGGCGACUUCAUCAACCGGAGGAGGCGGUAGCGGCGGGGGAGGCGGCGGUGGAGGUGGUUCAGGUGUGUCAAGGGGUGCCACGUUCUCUCCACGUCUAACUGGCGUCAAUUCGCCGACUGGAUUUGCUUCCGAUAAACCAAAUUCAGCGAGUGCAGCUAGCGCUGUGGGUUCCAGUCAGUCAUCUCUCUCCAAAAUUUCUGUAGCCCAGGUGUUCCUCCUUUUGGAUUCUAUCAACGAAAAAGAGGGGAAAGAAAAGUGGGAAACUAAAGCUGCUCAAAUUCACAAACUUGUUGGCUCGAACGGAAUGGAAGUGUUCUCAAAGUAUUUCCGUCGCCUUCUAUCUGGCAACGCACCUCAAAUCUUUCCAGGCACCAAUAAGGUGGUCGAAAAUGCUGGAAAUUACCCAUUGUUGGUUCAAGAGAUGCAAAAGGUUUCCCAGGACAUGGACCAAGCUAGGAAGAUUGCCGAAACAAUUGACACUUCAGAAGGCGACAUAUUUCGUGAUUUUGAUCUAUCAACCUUUGUGGAUCAUUUUAAACUAGAUCCAAUUUCUAAGGUUGCACUAAUAUUGGCAUUCAAGAGUGUAAGCAGAGCAGACCUCCGAACAAAAGCUGAUGCGAUCCUCUCUACCUCUGUACCCCAAUUUUUCCAAAGUCUCUCGGCAGUUUCCGACUCGAAUAAGGAUUUUAGUUCAUCCUUUAUUGGCCUGACUAUCGAACGCUUCAUAUUUAAUCCUCCUCGAAACCUGAACGACGACCUAAAACGGAAACUUAUAUACGCUGCUAGAAUGCGAUAUCAAGUUUCUGACGCAGAUGUGCCAGCCGAGAUUGAAGCAGCACUUCAGAUGUUCGCCUUCUCAGAUCCUCGAUUAACACUCCUUCGACAAAUUCAAGGCCGCGGACCAAGAUCCUUUGCAAGUAAGGAUGCAGUCCUCGACGCUAUUACUGCUUCAGGACCAGAUGCCUACAAUGAAGAACAAAUUGCGAAUGCCAUCCUUUUCAUGAUCUAUUCUCAAAACUGGCAGCAAUCCUCCCCCGAAUUGCUGGUUGCCACCGUCCAGCAAAACCAGGCGACUCAUCCAAUUAGCUGGCGAAGGAUCGUCCAAUUUUUCGACAAGGAAGGUCUGAGAAUCAAUGCACGACAGUUUAUUCGCUUAUUCAACGCCUUGUUGCCGGUGGCACAUGAUGACCCUCACUUUGAUAUCCAAUGUCUUUGGGGUGGAGAAUGGGAGAAUAAGGAUGUUCAAUUCUCUUUCGUCACCGCAUUCCUCUCUUCCAAUAUCGAUACUUCCAACAUUCCAAGUUUUCGCUCAACAUUCUCCAUUGACAUUUUCGAUGAUGCAUCUGAAAUGGUUCGCCAGCAGGCAGAAUCAAUUCAGAACAAUCCUCUUCGAUCUCUUGAUGCUGUGAAAGCUAUUUUUGAUCUCAUACUUCUCACUCCCGGAACGUGGGCCUUGCCAGAGAGCCAGGCCUUUGUGAAAACAAUCCUGCAACAUGAUCUGCCGACCUUCCUCUGCUCCGCAUUUGCCAUUCCACAACCAUGGACAAAUGUACAAAUCAAUUUCGUCAUUCGGUCGUUCAUGAUAUUUGUGUCUAAACGUCAAGAAGGCUAUCAGUUUGCUCUCCAUGGUGUGUGGAAAUUGGGUCGCCAAUGGGUUGGGGACCAACUAUUCCAUGCAUUUACCCAGGAUCCCUCAUGUACAGAUUUGAUUUAUGAGCACGCAGUUGAACACGGCUGGUUGGACUAUCUCUUGGGAUUUACAACCGGCUUGGCUAUGGAUUUGGCAUCUUUAGCACACCGGAAAGAUUCCUUCGAUUUGGAACAAUGGGUUAAAAGUGCAGCACAAAAAACUCCUGUGGAUAUGGGCGGUUUGUUAUCAAAGUUCUUAAGAAUUAAGGCUGAAGAUGAGCUUCGAGUUCGGCACAAAGAGCAGGCUGCUCCACAAAUGGUUAGCCUGGCUGUCAAAACAGUUUACGCGCUCCUUUUGAUAUUAGAAGACUAUAUUACCGACCACGAAAAUCUUACUCCGAUUCAGCGUAUCUGCCUACAAGCCUAUCCUCGGCUGAUUAACUACGGUGAAGGCCUUGAUGAUAUAAUCGAAGCCAACGGCACCAACGGCAAUGCGAUUCCAGACGAGGUUGAAAAGCAAAUGCAAGACCUUUUCGGAAAGAUGUACCAUGAAGAGCUCUCUCUUCGAGAGAUCCUGGAGCUAAUGAGACGCUAUAAAUCUUCCCGUGACCCUGGGGAACAAGACCUCUUCACUUGUAUGGUUCAUGGCUUAAUCGAUGAGUAUCAUUGCUAUCAUGAGUACCCACUGGAGGCGCUAUCGAAGACGGCUGUUAUGUUUGGGGGCAUUAUCAACUUCAAGUUGAUAUCUGGAAUCCCACUGAAAGUUGGUCUUGGAAUGAUACUUGACGCCGUUAGAGAUCAUGAAUCCCACGAAUCUAUGUAUAAAUUUGGCGUGGAGGCAAUUGAGCAGCUUGUCUCCCGCCUUCCUGAGUGGCCUGGUUUCUGUGGGCUCCUCCUCCAGGUCCCAAGCCUCCAAGGAACCGCAAUCUAUCGAAAAGCCGAAGACGUGCUCCGUGCACAGGGUCAUCGUCUCAAUGAUACCGACAGAGACGUCAACGGUUUAGCGGAUGGAUUGGCACUUGCCAAUGGUACCGUUGAUGAUCUUGUUGGUGCCGACAGCACGCAUCGAAACUUCCGCUCCCUCCAUGUUGAUCCUCCACUACGUCCGGAUAUCUAUCGCGAACCAGAAGAAGACGUUCAUGACAAGAUCCUUUUUAUCCUAAACAACGUUUCAGAGCAGAAUAUACAUGCCAAGUUGAAGGACUUGCAGGACGUGCUUCGAGACCAACACCACCAAUGGUUCGCAUCGUACAUUGUUGAGCAGCGAGCGAAGGUGCAGCCCAAUUUCCAACAACUUUAUCUUGAAUUACUAGGUCUAAUUGACGACAAAACUCUUUGGGCUGAGGUAUUGAGAGAGACGUAUGUUAGCGCAAUUCGACUGCUGAAUGCAGAAUCUACUUUGAACUCUAGCACUGAUCGUGCUCAUCUGAAAAACCUCGGCGGCUGGCUUGGAUCAUUAACUAUAGCAACGGACAAGCCGAUCAAGCAUAAAAACAUCUAUUUCAAAGAUCUACUCAUUGAGGCCUUCGAUACUCAACGGCUUACCGUCGUCAUUCCGUUUACUUGCAAAGUUUUGGGGCAAGCAAUGAAAUCGACCAUUUUUAAGCCACCAAAUCCGUGGUUGAUGGAUAUCAUUGCACUGCUAAUGGAAAUAUAUCACUUUGCGGAGAUCAAAAUGAUCCUCAAAUUUGAGAUUGAGGUGCUCUGCGGAGAUUUACAGCUUGAUCAUAAGACUAUCGAACCAUCCACUUGCAUUAGGGAGCGUCCGCCACAAUUGGAGGAUGGCUUGGUUGCCACAAGCAUUGCAGAAGGUCUGGAGGGUUUCGAUGAGAUGUCUCUGGCCGGCCUGAAUCGGGCAAGUCGCAAUGAGAGAAUAUCGCCAGCUGCAAUAAUUUCCAGCCUGCCUAACCUCGAUCAAAUACUUGUUUAUCCACCAUCGGCCAAUGCGGUUAUUGACCCUAAUGUUCUCCGUCAGAUCGUUCACACUGCUGUUGAACGCGCAAUUGCAGAGAUCAUAGCUCCUGUGGUAGAACGCUCCAUCACAAUUGCUUCGAUUUCGACUGCUCAGCUGAUCCUGAAAGAUUUCGCCAUGGAGCCUGAUGAGGAGAAGGUUCGCCAAGCCGCUGGUGCCAUGGUUCGUGCGUUGGCUGGCAGUCUUGCCGUGGUGACGUGCAAGGAGCCUCUGAAAAUUAACAUGACAAACUAUAUACGUAUGAUUCAGCAAGAGUAUUCCGAGCAGCCUAUGCCCGAAGGGCUGAUUCUUAUGUGUGUCAAUGAUAAUCUGGAUGCAGCCUGCGGUAUUGUCGAAAAAGCUGCAGAAGAACGCUCUCUUCCCGAAAUCGAGAAGGUCAUCGAAUCACAGUUGGAAGCCCGUCGUCGACACAGAAUCGCCCGUUCAAAUGAACCCUACAUUGAUCCGUCAAUUAGUCGUUGGGGAUUCUUCAUUCCGGAACCGUAUAGGCAAGUGCCGGGUGGUCUUAAUAAGGAACAGCUGGCCAUUUACGAAGAAUUCGCUCGCCAAUCUCGUGGACAAAACCACAUCCAAAAUACUUCGACCGAUUCAAUCAAACAGCUGCCAGAUGUCCUUCAGGAAGGUUUUCCUGCCAUCCCCAAUUUGUCCACCCCCGCGGAACAGCCAGCUCUUCCUCAUCAGAUGACACAAGCACAACAAGAUGCCGGCGUGCAGCAACAAACUAUUGCUAAUGCACAGCCUCAAUUGAAUGGUUUCUUGCAAUCCGCAAAUCCUCGUGAAAAGGUCGAAAAGCUUGUUGGUGAUCUUCAACAAGCAGCCCGCGAUGCGCCCGAAGACCAUAUCAAAGAUCUCUGGCGGGACAGCCCUAUCUUACAGGAAUACAACCAAAUUCUUCGUGCGAUUUUAUCGUCACCCAAUGGUGAAGAACUUGCAAGGUUAACCGCAACCAAAAUUUGUAGCACCCUUUAUACUCAGACCGAAAAGCCUUUGGAAAUCGAGGUUCUCGUCCAUUUGCUCUCAAAAAUUUGUGAGCUCUCAUCGCUCGUUGCGCGGUACACAUGGGCAGUCCUCGCUGAAGUUGAAGACGGGCAAAUGUUUAAUGUUCCCGUGACCGUGGCUUUAAUAGAUGCUGGCUUGAUAGAUCUCCACCGCGUUGAUUUGAUCCUCGCUAAACUGAUCAAGGAAAAGAAUGUGGCAGCCCUGGAAUUGCUCGCAGCACUUAUGGCUCGAGUCCUCUUCAAUGACGAGCCUUCCGCGCUAAGAUCCGAUUUCUCUGGAAGCUUAGCUGCAAUGAAUCAGUGGCUUAUUGAAGACCCAAAUCUCAAUGUAGCCAAAGACAUUAUUCAAAAGCUUCAUGAAACUGGUAUUCCGGAGUCUGUGAACGCUUUCCUUACCGACCAAGCUCGCUCCACGAGGGAUCAAAUGGAGUAUAUCUUCAGCGAAUGGAUCGGAGUCUACAAAUUUGCCGGAGCGAAUGACAAGAUGUACAGCACCUUCCUUAAAGAUAUGCAUCAGAGACAAGUGAUGAAUAACCAAGAAGAUUCUGCAUUGUUUUUCAGACUGAGCAUUGAUAUCUCUGUGGCUAUGUUCGAGCAUGAAUAUCAGAAUUUGGGCGGCAACCUUGACGAGGCCUUCCUUUACAUUGAUGCGUUGGCGAAGCUGGUUGUCCUGCUGGUGAAAUUCCAGGGUGACGGUGAUGGUGCUGUGAAGAAGAGCAAGCCAUCCUAUCUUAAUUCAAUUCUUUCGCUCCUAGUGCUGGUCUUGAACCAUCACCAAGUGAUGCGGGGCGACAACUUCAACCAGCGGGUCUUUUUUAGACUCUUCUCUGGCAUCCUCUGUGAAUAUGCCAUGAGUGGCCUUCAGCAAAGAGAAGAGCAUAAGGAAAUGAUGCGCGUAUUCUCUGAUAAAUUCUUGUCUCUCCAGCCAAAACAUUGUCCAGGCUUUGUCUAUGGUUGGUUAUCGUUGAUUUCGCACCGUGUCUUUAUGGCGGGCAUGCUCACUAUGGAAGAUCAGUCGGGCUGGGAGCCAUUCUGCGAAAUAGUCCAGGUCAUGCUAUCAUACACUGGCGAACAGUUAAAACCCGGAAAUAUCUCGUUCGUGGCAAAGGACUUGUACAAAGGUGUUUUGCGGAUCUUGCUCAUCCUACACCACGACUUCCCCGAAUUUGUUGCAGAAAACCAUUUCCGGUUUUGCACAGUUAUGCCGGCACACUGCAGCCAGCUGCGUAAUCUUGUGCUCAGCGCAUACCCAUCUUCCUUCCAAAAGCUUCCCGACCCUUUCAGAGAUGGCUUGAAGGUUGAUCGGUUGGAUGAAAUCCACCAGGCUCCCAGGAUUGCGGGAGACAUUGUUGCGCCUCUUCAGGCUGCUAACAUCAAGAAUGCUGUUGAUAACGCCUUGAGAAGUUUCUCGGCGACGGAUUCCGCGGUUCAGCAAAUUUGUGAUGCGGUUGAUAAUCCCUCGGAGAAGUCCACCGGCCUUUACUUCGCCCCUAUCAAUGUUGACAUCGUUCUAUUGGAAGCGCUCGUCCUCUAUACAGGUCAAAGUGCCGUUUCCGCCACUGGCCAAAAGGCCGGGACCCCAGCUCCCAAUAACUUGCCACAGUCCGCUUUGCUCGAGAAAUUGGUGAAGGUCCUCAAUCCAGAGGGGCGCUAUUAUUUCCUUAGUUCGAUUGCAAACCAACUACGGUAUCCGAAUAGCCACACCCAUUACUUCAGUAACGUAAUGCUGGAGUUGUUUGGAUCCUAUCCUGCGGAUCAGCAAGGGACGGACAUUCGCGAGCAAAUCAUCCGGGUGUUACUUGAACGACUAAUCGUUCACCGCCCGCACCCAUGGGGAUUGAUUAUCACGCUCCAAGAACUCCUUCAGAACAGCAGCUACCCGUUCUUCCGCCUACCAUUCAUCCAAGCCGCCCCAGAGGUCAGUAAAAAGAUUAUUACGGAAUGCUAUAGCAUGGUGCUGACUUGAGUCCUCGAAAGAUUGGUCGUCUCUUCGAAGCACUUCUUCAACACAUUCAACAACAGAGCCCUCGACCGAGUUCUUAGAUUCAUUGGACAUGUUUGGUUUGGGGAUCGAUAAUUAACUUUGGGUCAUAUCCCCCAUCUAUACUCUUUCUACCAGAUGCUUCAUUAUUAAAAAGGUCACUUGGACGGUAUGUGACUAUGAGUACUUACGAAACGACUAUGGGACAGGGACUGUAUUAUCGGUAUUCGGCUCUCUGUUUUUGUGUUUUCUAUUAUUGAUUUCUCGGUGUUGAUGGGGAUGGUCCUCUGGGUUCUUUACUUAUGUUGCGUUCUUGGACGGGCAUGCAUGAUCAGGGGUUAGUUGCCACAGUCAAUAUGAAUUUUCUUUAAAGUAAUUUCUCGAUAGUAUAACUUGCUCAAGUCUGUUUUCACU